AUGGGCAACGGGGAGAAUAUUCCAGCAGAGGCCAGAGCUGGAAUGCCUCUGGCUCAGGCAGUGGCCAUUCUUCAGAAGCACUGUCGCAUCAUCAAAAAUGUUCAGGUUCUCUACAGCGAGCAGUCUCCUCUAAGCCAUGACCUCAUCCUUAACCUGACUCAGGACGGGAUCAAACUACUGUUUGAUGCUUUCAAUCAGAGGCUCAAGGUGAUUGAAGUCUAUGACUUGACUAAAGUAAAGUUAAAAUACUGUGGAGUGCACUUCAACUCUCAGGCCAUAGCGCCCACCAUCGAGCAGAUCGACCAGUCGUUCGGUGCAACGCACCCAGGAGUGUACAACUCUGCCGAACAGCUCUUCCACCUCACCUUCAGAGGACUGUCCUUCUCUUUUCAGUUAGACUCAUGGACCGCGGCUCCCAAGUACGAGCCCAAUUUUGCCCACGGCCUCGCUUCUCUCCAGAUCCCCCAUGGAGCGACUGUGAAACGCAUGUACAUCUACAGUGGAAACAGCUUACAGGAUACCAAGGCCCCCGUGAUGCCCUUGAGCUGUUUCCUGGGCAACGUGUACGCCGAGAGUGUGGAUGUUCUUCGAGAUGGAACUGGACCCUCAGGUUUACGACUUCGCCUACUUGCCGCAGGUUGUGGGCCCAGCCUGUUGGCAGAUGCCAAGAUGCGGGUAUUUGAGCGCUCGGUGUAUUUUGGUGAUUCCUGCCAAGAUGUUCUCAGCCUGCUUGGCUCUCCGCACAAGGUCUUCUACAAGUCAGAGGACAAGAUGAGAAUCCACUCUCCUUCCCCUCAUAAGCAAGUUCCUUCCAAGUGCAACGACUACUUUUUUAACUACUUUACUCUCGGGGUGGACAUCCUCUUUGAUGCAAACACACACAAAGUGAAGAAGUUUGUCUUACACACCAACUACCCAGGGCAUUAUAAUUUCAACAUUUACCACCGCUGUGAGUUCAAGAUCCCACUGGCCAUCAAGAAAGAAAAUACAGACGGUCAGACAGAAACCUGCACGACCUACAGCAAGUGGGACAGCAUCCAGGAACUACUGGGCCAUCCCGUGGAGAAGCCAGUGGUCCUGCACAGGUCGUCCUCCCCAAACAACACCAACCCGUUCGGCUCCACGUUCUGCUUUGGGCUGCAGCGGAUGAUCUUUGAGGUCAUGCAGAACAACCACAUUGCCUCAGUGACCCUGUACGGGCCCCCCCGGCCUGGUGCCCACCUGAGAACAGCAGAGCUCUCCUAGGGCACCAGCGCACGUGCCCCUCUGCCCAUUGGACUGCGAGCCAUGGCCUGUUCAGGGCCACCCGAUCGGGUUUCUCAGACCCCUUGCCAGUGUUGAAGGCAGUGGUGAGGCUCUGAGGUGGGUUGGGUAUGGUGCUCUGUGGCAGGGUGAGGGUCCGGGGGGCCCUGUCAUUCAUUCUUCAGCCUGUGGGCGCCACCAGCAGGGGACACAGACUGCUACAGAGAAGCACAAACUCCAAGCUCCAAGCCUGGACCCAGGAGCUCCCGAAGCACAGGAGGUGGCGGGUCUGUCAGCCCCGCCCCACACGUGUUGUGGAGCCUGGCUCUUUCUGUGGCUGAGCACAUAGACGCCCAGGGCAAGGACAAGGGGUCCUGCCUGUGGCUUCACAGUGCUAUGUGACCCUUACAGCGAGCAGGUAGCAUGUCCGUAGUACUCGGCUGUGAAGUUUGCACUACAUCCACUUUAGUUACUUGAUGAACUGGCUGUGGCCUGUCUGGCCCGCCUGCCAUUCCCUGCUCCUUUCUUGCACGAGCCCCCUGCCAGUCCUGGAGGCUCACCUAGGUGGCUGAGACCCAGUAUUCUACCACCCUCUGGGGAUGGAGCCAGCCCCCAGUCGCCUGUCUCUGCUCUGCCCCAGCCUGGCUGGCGGGGCUGCAUGUUUCCAUUCUGUCUGCCACUUUGAUUUGAUGCCAAAGUUUUCGCCAAAGACAUCGCCCUCCCUUUGUUCCUUCAUUCUGUUCUGCAGCGGGGCUGGCUCCUGCCCCUGCCCUGAGCAGUGGCCCCUGGCCAGACCCAGUCAGUUGUCCCAAGGUCACUGGGGGCUCCAGGAAGACUGGGUCUGCCUGUUCUCACGGGCCUUGCUAAAAGAAAGUAGCAUAUGUGCUUUAAAAAUAAUCCUUUUGAAAAGAAUUGAGAAGAGAAAUGUAUAAUUUUAUCCCAUUUUUAAUAUUUUGGUCUAGCAACUUGUGAUACAUAGAUGACAAUUUUGUGAGUUUUUCAAGUGUGUGUACAGAUUUUUGUAAAUAUGACUUUUGUAAUUAACUCAUGUACAGCCUCAUCCUGUAUAGACUAAUGCAGAGUGUGCAGGGGGCUCCGUGGGCUCCUGUGGCACUCAUGACUUCGUGGUGGCCGACUGUGGGGUCUUCCUAUGUGGCCCGCAGACUGGCCAGACACCCCCUCCCUUCCCCCAACAUCCACUGUCGGGUAGCCAGGACUGUCCCAUCAGCCUGCCCCCUGUCCUGUCCUUUCCCCCUUGAAUAAAGCACCUGUGCCCUCAGCAUCUGCCCCACCCCCACGUGCUGUUGCUGGGGUGUUUGUUACGGAAA